CGUAACCGAUCUCUGAACUGAAAUCAAUUGGAAAAUCAACCCGUACAUACGCGUACAUGGCGUCGAGGAUGACCUGCAACAAGGGAUCGAGUGACUAAAGAUGACUCAGCCGGUCGGAAAGUGCAGUUUGAAAUUUCCUCGAUCGCGCGGUCACGUGUCACGACUCCGACUCGACCCGACCCGACUCGACCCGUUCCGACGUAACACGACUCGAGACGACUCGAGACGACUCGACUCCCCACGACUCGACCCGAUUCAGCACACACGCCUGCGGCUCACCUAGUCAUUUCGUAGGCGCAGUCGGUGACGGACGUGUUCGAGGCUCGCUCGCCCGUGUUCAGUAUACUAUACAACCGACCAGUCCAAGACUGGCUGUAACGGACAUAAAAUGAAGGACAUCCGAUCACAGUUCGAGAAGAAUGGCUUUGUCGUUUUGGAGGACUUCUUUCAACCGGAGGAGAUCGACGAGUUGAAAUUUUGCGGCGAAGAGUUCACGAAGAACCUACCUCCGGAAAAUGAAAGAAAAAUUUUCAAUUCAGUAGAUUCGCAGCAAAGUAAAGAUCAGUAUUUUCUGGAUAGCGCUAAUAAAAUCAGUUUGUUCUUCGAGGCUGAAGCUUUAGAGAACGAUGGAACGCUGAAGGUACACCCUCGAGUAUCUCUGAACAAGGUAGGUCAUGCUCUUCACUGGCUUCAUCCUACGUUCAAGAAGUACACGUUCGACGAAAGGGUAAAAGAAGCAGCUUUCCAACUAGAUUACGCGGAACCAGCUGUGUGUCAGUCAAUGUACAUUUACAAAAAUCCGGGUACUGGAUCUGAAGUGGUGAUGCAUCAAGAUGCAACGUAUCUAUACACCGAUCCAGUGAAACUAGUUGGUUUCUGGAUCGCCUUAGAGGAUUCUACCCAAGAAAAUGGAUGUCUAUGGAUCGCUCCAGGCUCUCAUCAAAGUGGAGUACACCGGCGUUAUACAAGAAACAAAGAUCCAGAUUCCAAAGAGUUGUUGUCAUACGACAGACCUGCACCCUGUUAUCAGCUUAGCAAUUUUCAACCUGUACCAGUCAGUAAAGGAACGUGUAUUCUCAUUCAUGGACAAGUAGUACAUUUCUCGUAUCCUAAUAAAAGUGACAAGUCGAGGCACGCUUAUACGUUUCAUGUGAUUGACACGCAGCAUGUAUCUUAUUCAAAAGAGAAUUGGUUACAACCACCUUCAGGAGGAUUUCCUAAACUUUACAGAAAUUAAAUUAACCGAAUGAAACGCUUGAAGUGUAUAUUUGAAAAGGAAAAAAAAAAGAUCACCAAGGAACGAGUAAUUUAGUACCGAUCACAAUGCUGGCUGUGCAUUUUUAUUUUUCACCUUGUACAAAAGUUACUUCUUGUAUUAUACAGACCUGUUAAUAAAAACACUUAAAAUAUUA